AAAAAUUCAAGCAAGAUACGACUCUAUUUCUCCCUGCCUCCUCCAACCCUUGUAACUUGUGAAACUACCAUAGGUAGCCAGAACUACUUGUCCAUCAAGACCGGGAACGACAACCCCUCGCCUGAACAGCCGCCAUCACCUUCACAAAACCCUAUCUGAACAGAAGCAGCCAACGGGAACAACGCCAACAUUUUAAAAUAUUAUUUUGAGUUGUAUGAAUACCCAAUUAACAAUCAGAAGAAGCAGUAAUUAAUUAAUUUAAGAAGUAAGAGGAAGAUGAAAGGAGGAAGGAAGAAUAUGAAGAGAGCAGCAGUAGCAGAGGAACACAAUUUAAGUCUUGAAGAUGGGCAAAGCAUCAUGCAAGUUGUUUCUCUCAGGGGUUCCAAUCUUAUUGAGGUAAUGGAUGCAAGAGGCGGGAAGUCACUAGCUUUGUUUCCGGCUAAAUUUCAGAAGAGUAUGUGGAUAAAAAGAGGAAGUUUUGUCGUGGUUGAUGAAAGUGGCAAGGAAAAGGCUUUGGAGUCAGGCAGCAAAGUGGCAUGUAUUGUUUCUCAAGUUCUCUAUUAUGAACAUGUCCGUGUGCUUCAGAGAUCUCCUGAAUGGCCAGAGAUUUUCAAAUCUACAGCUCUGGAUGAUUCUUGUGGAAGUCUGAACAUAACCAAUGGCCAACUUGAAGAGAAUGAGCUUGAAUCAAGUGAUGAUGAUGGGCUUCCUCCAUUAGAAGCAAAUAUGAACAGAAUCAAGCCACCAGAAUGGGAACAAUCUGAUACAGAGUCCAAUUCAGGAUCAGAUACGGAUUCUUAACUUUAUGACAUGUGAAACCCUUGCAGCGAUAGAUUCUUGUCCAACAUUACAUUACAUUAAAUGCUGAUGAAGAAAAAUGUGUAUUUGUUGAAACAUUGAUUAUUAUUUGCUGGAAAUUGGGUUUUUUAAGCA